CCAUGGUUUCGCUAGCAAGCAAAGAUGAACAAGACGGCAUUGAGAUGGACUUAAGUUUGAUGCUGCUCGAAGACUCAAAAUUAGCGGAAUUGCUAAGAUCAAGCCUCCACGCUUGGGUGAUGGCUCUUCCGCGCCUUAUGCAAUCGCCCGACGACGCAGCCAAGCAGAAGCUCAUUCAGCAGAUUUCAAUAUCACUUCGGAUCCUGAACCAGCAGGGAAUUGACCUUACUAUUGUUGACCGCGUCAUGGCAUCGAACCUUCGAGACAGCGUUUCGGCGUUGAUCAAGGAGUCGAAAGGGGUGGGAUCUGUCAUCUCUUCAAACCCCACAGAUUCAAUCACCGUCUCUAAGAGCUGGUUAGAAGGCUCCCGGUCAAGUACUUUCCAGCCUCUGAUCAUGGGCUUUAAAGGCAGGCAGGAUACCAUGAGAGAGCUUACGUCGUUCAUAGACCAGCUCGCGACGUCCGACUCGUCCCUUACAAUCGCCAAAGAGCUUGUCGAUUCGAUUCGGUUUGGGCAGAGCGAAAUGCAGCUCGCCAGUUUCUGGCUGUCGUUGAAUCUAGUGAGAUCCGACAGCAGCCUGAAUCCGGGCAUUGAGGAUUUCCUGGACCUAGGGCCGUCCAGCAGAGACAUGAGGACAGAGUUACUCCAGGAGCUCUACGCGUUCUCUCUGUCCCUUUUGGCAGAUCCAGACGGCGAUGUGGAACUUGACUGGCGCUUCCAAGCUCUAGCUCUCGAGAUCAUCGCACUACAGGCAAACCAACAUAAAGAGAACUUCAAAAUCGAGCUUGUAGACUCCCUCUACCCUGUGAUCCAUCACAUUGGUAGCUCAAACUCAGCUCUGCGCAACCAUGCAAUUACGUGUCUCAACAUCAUCUCCGAUGCCUGCGGCUACGAGCACACUAGCGAUCUCAUUGUCUCAAACUCAGACUACCUAGUCAAUGCAAUAGCACUCAAGCUAAACAACUUCGACAUAUCCCCUCAAGCCCCACAGGUACUACUCAUGAUGAUACGAUUAUCAGGGCCGUCUCUACUGCCAUAUUUAGAUGACCUUGUCGAGAGCAUGUUUUCUGCUUUGGAAUACUUUCAUGGUUACCCAAAGUUGGUCGAACUCCUCUUCGCGGUCCUGAAGGGCAUUGCUGAGGAAGGGGUCAAAAGCCCAAUGCUUACGAUCACAAUGGACCAAAAGGCGUUGCAUCAGAAAACUGCGUGGAAGCCGAUCACUCUACCAGACGUUGCCGAAUUACUAAGAAAGACGAUGGAGAAUGCUGCCAAACCUGAUAAGGAGAGAUCUGAACGAUUUGACGAGGCUUUUCCGGAAAGGCCAUGGAAGGAAGCUUCGGGUAACAGGGUGGGAGAAGAGCCGCAACAGGAGGAGCCUGAAGAUGAGCCACCGCCCGACAAGCCAGAGCCACCCCCUCCCGCACCUAGAACCUUCAAUCUCCUCUUGAAGAUAUCGCAACUCACUCAGCACUACUUAACAUCAUCUUCCCCGUCACUUCGAACGUCUCUGUUGUCGCUGCUCAAUACCACUUUUCCGGCGCUAUCGGCACACGAAAACUCCUUCCUGCCUCUAAUCAAUACCCUUUGGCCAGUGCUUCUUCCGCGGUUGGACGAUCCGGAGGCGUACGUUGUGGCUAGUGCUCUGGAUGUUAUAGGCUUGAUGUGUGUUCACGCGGGUGACUUCAUGAGGACUCGAAUCGACGGGACUUGGGAGGAGAUUAAGACCAUAUACCGCCGAACAAUACAAAGCGUACGAAAACCCUCCCACGGGAGGAGAGAUAUUGUAUCUCUCGGUUCAUCUCAGCGAAGUCUCAACAGUCGUGAGAUCGUCGUAUCAGAGCGCAACUCGGAAGUUCGACCGCGCCUAGAAUACUACGUCGAUGCUCCAUCAAGACUAAUUUGGGAGAGUCUGGUCAAAUUGCUUGUCAUCGUCGUGGAGAAUGUGGCGGUGGGCGAGAAUGUCUUUGACGACAUAUUUGCCAUGUUGGACCCGUUGGUGGACGAGCAGGAGGAGGUUCGGAGCGCUCUGGAAAGCCGUAACCCUGACGCACUGUGGUUGCGGCAAUUUAAGAUAUGGGAGAAGGGCGGGCAACAGGAUGCCGCCAGGUGCAUUCCGGACCUUCCAAACGCUGGUAACCACCACGAGUGGAAGUUCGCGACAGUAACUGCACGAUAAGCUCGGACGGUACCGCUCCAACAUAGCGUCUCUCAGGCGCCGAGAUGCUUGCAAAGCAACUCGCAAAUUACAUUAGCAGUGGGUAGCAGACAGCUUAUGCUGAUAAGUAUCAUGAGUGAUGGUUUGUCAUUUCGCAAGUUGGAAUCGUUUCGUUCUCGCUACGUGUACUCUAUACUUGUCGCACUCCUUAAAGGGCUUCAAUGCAUCUCAUGACCCUUGAAGAGGCAUAAUGAUAUGUAUAUACAUGACCUUCUAGACGCUAUCCCGACUACGCAGCUUCAGCCUUCUCCGCCGUCUCUGCCA